UAUUAACUACAUAAAAUAAAAAUCAUGUCUGGUCGUGGGAAAGGAGGCAAAGUCAAGGGAAAGUCCAAGACCCGGUCAACACGAGCUGGAUUACAAUUCCCAGUCGGACGUAUCCACCGGAUGUUACGCAAAGGUAACUACGCUGAACGAGUUGGUGCUGGAGCUCCAGUCUACUUGGCUGCAGUUAUGGAAUACUUAGCUGCUGAAGUUCUUGAGUUAGCAGGAAAUGCUGCUCGUGAUAACAAGAAAACCAGAAUUAUUCCACGUCAUCUCCAGUUAGCUAUCCGUAACGACGAAGAGUUAAACAAACUUCUGUCUGGAGUUACUAUUGCUCAAGGUGGAGUUCUUCCUAACAUCCAAGCUGUACUUCUCCCUAAGAAGACUGAAAAAAGCAGUGCUUAG